UAGAAAAUAGAUUUUAGAAAAUAGACAUUGUAUGUGAAUGAAGCCUUAGUUCUCUUUGCUCUGGCAGGGAUGGUCCAGUGUGAUAUAUGUAUGGCAAGAAUUGUCUAAUAUUUAUCAAAUGCCAGUUAGAAAAGACAGAAAAGUGGUUUCUGCAGAUGAAUGAACAGUCCUCCUGUUGCCAGCAGGCAGGGAUUUGUGAAAUCAACUAAGUUUUCCUAUUGUUCAUUAGAAAAUUUGCUUUGUUACGUAAUGGUUUAUUAUACGAUUCUUACUGGCCAUUUGGUCAUGGAAGAAUUGUCAUUUCACAUAUAUUCUGCUUGCAUCCUGUCUUUUUUUUUUUUUUUCUUGCAAGGGGUCCUCUGAAUUUGCAUCAUUUGCAAAAAUCUGAUUUGGAUCUCACACUUUCCUAAAGAGGUGCAAUGUUGAAGAAUUUGUUAUUGUUUCUUAUAUGGAUUCUUUGAGGUCUAAAAGUCCACAAGAAAAGUAGAGGGAGUCAAACACAGGAUAGGAACACUAUUUUUUCACCCCACUACUUGUUGGGAAAAGUAUAGUCAAAUCAGAUGGUGCUUUUCACACAGGUAAUAGAACAGCGAGUUUCCUGGGACCAUCGAAACUGGGGUUAGGAUGGACACUCAAGUAAGGGUUUCUAAUAGUAUUUGGUUGUUCUGCCAGUAUAUAUGGUAAUGGAUGCCUUGCAUCUUUAGCUUCCUAAACUAAAAAGGUCAUAUAAGAACAUUCUGUGUAACAAUGAAAUGGGAAUGUGAGAUGGCAUUUAUUAUACAUUACAACAAAAGUGUAUAAAAGACCAAAACAACUGAGAGGUCAUUUCAAGUUGGUGAUGGGCAUAUUUUCUGUUAUAUUUCCUUCUGUUACAUAAAUUACUGUUAAUUUAUUUCCUUAUUAAAGGUGCUAUUGGAUAAAUCUGCAAAACAAAUAUAAGGGCAAAUGGGAGUCAUGCAAAUAUUACUCAAACUGUGUAUCACUAACUUGACACGUGUUCACUAUUUUAAUGGAAUGCCCCCAGAACAGGUUCCACUGUGACAAUCAUAUGACCUAGCUUAUGUUACCCUCUAUGCUAACAGUAUAUGUUAUUUCCAAGCCCAUUAUUAUGACCAGUAUGAAAAGAAUUGCAACAAAGGGAACCUGAAGAUUACUACUGAUCCACACAUUUUUAACUGGUGUGAUCUGUGAAAUUGGGUAUAUAGGCAUGGAAAAAAACUUGCAUGAUCCAUUUAAAGGGUGUCAAAAUCACUUCAACUAAAGCAAGAUUAAUUGAAGAAUGUCAGGGAAGAUGGUGUCCACAGGGACUAUCCAGGUGGACAAGUUGUUGGAAAAGUUGGGUCAACCAGGUCGGUACCAUGUUUUCAUCUACAUUCUCAUCUGUAUGACCUACUGGAUUGUGAUCUUCAACCACGUUAUCAUGGCAGUCUAUGGGCGGCCACCACCCCACCACUGCACCCUUCCAGAGGGGAACUUUGUGAACAGAAGCAUUCCCCUUGAAAAAGGAAAGCCCAGCAGCUGCAAGGUGUAUGAAAAUUUCACCCAGGUUUAUGGAAAUGAAACAGUUCCAACACAAGGUUGCUCAGAUGGAUGGACAUACACCCUAGAGCCUGGAGAAACCAAUUUUGUUGCAGAUUUUGAUCUGGUGUGUGAUAACAAGCCCCUAGUCAGUUUGGCAACAACCAUCUACUUCUGUGGGGUUAUGCUGGGAGGACUAAUAUUUGGUACCCUCUCGGACUUCAUUGGCAGAAAGCCAGUAUUCCUGAUAACCCUGUUUGUCCCAGUUGCAAUUGGAGUUGGUAUAUUCUUUGUGCAGUCAUAUGUGGCUUUUGUGGUGCUGAGGUUUUUUGUAGGAGUUUGUAUGCAGGGACUCCAAACAUCAGGACUUGUGUUAAUUUUGGAAAUGUUCCGUCCAGUCCAUCGUACCAAGGCAGGCCUUAUUACAGAGCUGUUCUGGGGUUCUGGGGUGCUAAUAGUAGGAGUUCUUCAGUGCUUUAUCAAGGACUGGCAUUAUAUCCAAUUGGCCAUUGCUCUUCCACCUGUGCUAGCCAUUGGAUAUAUUUGGAUUAUACCAGAAUCCCCAAGGUGGCUGAUUCAGAAGAAGAAAUUCAAAUUAGCAGAGCAAUUUUUCAUUAAAGUUGCAAAUUUCAAUAAAACCGACAUCACCUCCUCAAUUAGUGAUGAAUUUGCUGCUGUCCACAAAAAAGAGGAUGGGUCUAGUGUGACACACUACACCAUCUUGGAUAUGUUCAAGACUCCAAAGCUCAGGAAGCGUACAUUCUUAUUGUUUUAUAUCUGGUUGUCAAUUGCAGUGAACUAUUAUGGAAUGUUAUACGGCAUUUCUGCAUUACCAGGCAACUACUGUCUUAACUUCUUGAUCGGUGGUUUUGUUGAGGUACCUGCAUAUAUAGCUACCAUAUUUUUAGUUGAAUGUUUUGGUCGCAAGAAGAUAUUACUGUUGUUCUUCUUUGUUGGUGGUAUGACAUGUAUAGCAGUUAGACUGGUACCUUCUGUUACAGGAUAUGGACUUGACAUCUCCUGGCUUCCUCUUGUACUUGCCUUGAUUGGAAGAGCCAGUAGCGCAGGCAGUUUUGCUGUCAUACCACUGUUCACAUCAGAGCUCUAUCCCACAGUUAUAAGGAACAUUGGAGUUGGAACAUGUGCAUUCUGGACUCGCCUAGGGGGAGUGUUAUUUUCUCCCAUCUUACUCUUGUCUGACUACACCUUUAGGGCAUUCCCCUUUGUGUUGUUUGGAGUGAUGGCUCUGCUUGCUGGCCUUUUAACUCUUCUUCUCCCAGAGACAUUAAACAAGAAACUACCAGAAGUGAUUGAGGACGCAGAAAACUUUGGUAAACAGGCAAAUGACAAAAGUAGUAUUCCAGAGGAAGCAGAAAAUGAAACAUCUGAUGACACGAGACUCUAAUUAUUUUUGAUAGUUGUAUUUUGACAGCCUUUUACUGGGAUGUUUAUUUUAGAAUUUAUACUGAACGUUUUUAAUCCUUUAUGGCACAGCCAGUUUAAGGCCUGCCUUAAAAAUAACAUAUAAGAAUCUUCAAAGCAUUAUAACAUAUUUACUUUUACCUCUCAACCAUAUAUAGCUAUGGGGGCAUUAGAUGAGUUCUUUCAUCAAGAACUUUAUCCUCUAACUUAAGAAUCAUGUCUAGAUCUAGGUAGAGUUUUAGUGGGCCUUGGACGAGUUCUUUUUAUUGCUGAUUUUGACCUACAUCAUAAAGGUCAUUCUCAAGCAUAUGGCUUAGUGGUUCAGUGCCAAUACCACUUGUUAUGAUAUAUUUUGGUGAAAUGUUGACCAAAUGUGAAAGAUAAAUAUAAGAGCAUUAUUUACAUAAAAUAAUGGAUAUAAAUGUAAUAAGUUAUAUAGUGAUAUAAAGAUGUUAGGUCCUAUCUGGAAGAGUCUGGAAGAGUCCCAAUUCUUACAUCACACAUUAUGAGAAUGAAAUGAGUAAGAUAUAUUUUAUUAAAAGCUUAAAUUUUGAAUGUAAUCUCCUUUUUUAAAGCUUAAAUAGAAUGCAAUCUCCUUUUUUAAAGCUUAAAUAGAAUGUAAUCUCCUUUUUUAUUGCUUUUGGAAAAUGUUCAGCCUACUUUAGUGUUACACUGUCUCAUACUUUUCUCAAUAAUUUGAAAAUGCAUUUUUGUGUAGCUAAUGACAAAUGCUUGAAUUUUUAAAACAAAGCUUUUAUGUGUGCAUGAGAACUAAGUGUGUAGAAGGUAGUGGGCUAAUUGGAUGUUGAAUGGCCUAAUGUUAGGUGAAUGCUUUGGAAAGAAAAUAUAUUUUUGGGUGAUUUUGAGAAAUAAAUGUGUAUUAAUAUGUUUUCAUAUAUGAUAUGAUAUGAUUGUAUGUGUUUUAAUGGUUUAUUUCUUGCUAUCAGUAUAAUAAUCUUAAAAGAAAGCUUGUGAAAAGUGAACCUUUAAAUGUUUGAUAUAUGAUAGUAUAUAUAUAUAGAUAUAUAUAGUGGUAUAGAUUGUAAUAUGAUUGAAUGAAUUUGGAAAUUGUGUCCAAUUAAACUCUAGCAUGGUUUCCAGCCCACCUGGAAUUCAGGAAAAAUCUUGACAAUGAUUUCCCUUUUUUCCUGUCUGGGAGUUUUAGAAAAGUUCCUCAAAUCAGGGAAAAAUCAAGGAAUUUUCUUUGCUCAAACAUUGCUCAAAACAACAAAUCAGUCAACAUUAUGUCCCUAGAAUUUACUGUCAUCAGUGAAAUAUCACUGAACCCUGUUAAUAUAAUUUGCUAGGAACCUGUCUAGAGAAACAGGAAGACUGAUGGGAUGAACAUACAGGGCGUCAAGUUACAAUGGACCUUCGUAAGAUAAAAAAAGUGGCAAAUAAAGGAUUAGAAAACAGGAGAAAAGAAAGGAAUUUAUUGCUAAAGUAUGGUAAAAUGGGAAUUAUUUCAUACUAAAGAUUGCAUCUCAACAGUCAUAAGGCCAUAUCAGUCCAUCACAUUUUAUUAUAAAGGUGUACUGGUAGGUGCCAUCAAAGCCCAAAAUGUGAUGUGCAAUCUUUGCUACACUCUGGAUGUGGGAUGGAUUGUGUGGGAUCAUGUUGGAUUUUCCCCAGACUGCCUGUGGCUGUAGUAUCCAAGCCUAGUCCUGGAAGGAAGUUGCAGCAAUCCCCUUUUUGUAGGAUAUCCAGCCUAGAUCUGUCAACAGAUUGUUGAAGAAUAGUGUAGCACAUUUCACGUUACACACAGAUAUUAAAAAGCCAAACCCUGCAUAAACAGAUCCAUACCAAUUAACAUAUCCACAAAAAAUUUUGAACCAAGUUCUCCCUUAUGUUUAUUUUCCCACAAUCAGCAUGAACUGACAGAUGUAAAUAAGAAAUAUAUUGUAACUUGACGUCCCCAAGGGUGUUUGUUUUUAUUUUAAAAUGAUUUAUUAUAUAAGUUGUCUUAAUAAAGAAUUAAAUUUUUUAUUUUUGUUCUGAUGCUUUUUUGAAGAGUAUACAUUCUACACAGCUGUCACCACACAGCCAUACAUUGUUUACUUUAUAACAGUGCUUGUGUAAUAAAAGCAGCUUGUUCACUGGAAUUCUCCUUUUGAAUUUUAUGGUAUACAAAGGCAUGAAAGAGAUGCAAUAUCCGUGUUGCAAAUGUAAUGAAUCUGCUGGGACACAGACAUCAGGGCCCAGUUUCCUCAAAAUGGGACAGCACUAACCUAUGGAUGGCACUAUCCAAUGAAUAAAAUUCUUAAACUCUGGACAUUUAUCCUGUGGGUAAAGUACCGUUUCCCCAAAUACUAGAUAUUUGCUUUUGUCACUGAAAUAGCUUUCCAGUGGUUAAAAGUGUCAUCCAGUGAUGAUUAAACUGGGCCCAGAUUAAGUGGCUCAAGGUUAAUAUACUUCUGUUGUUGUUUCAACCCUAUGACAGUUUAAAUUAAUUAUCGUGUCUGUAGACUUCUAGAACAUCCGUCACUUUAUCCCUGCGAUGUUAAAAUUGUAAAACACUGCAAUGGUAAUAACUUGUGUUCAGUUGUUUGAAGAAACUAUAAUUCAAAUUUUUAGUAAUGACCGACAC